AUGUCUUUCGCAGCAUGUGCCAUGGCCCUCUCCCCUCGGUCCGCUAUCCACGAGGAUGAGCUUGACCGCUACGAUGCCUUCUUAUCUCUCUUGCAGGAUACCCACUUCAUGGAUAUGUACCUCGAAAACAGCCGAGUGAAGAUCGACGUCUACGAGCACCCAUCCAACGAUCUUGCCAUUUCCGAAUCCUUCACUCCCAGUGACACUGCAAACCAAUACUUCUCCCAAGAGAAUGAGCUUGCUCAAGACGUUCUUCAGCCAGCCACGGACUCAAACGAGACUGUUGACGACUCGACCGUUGAAAAGAGGAGUUCGGCCGCCUGCCCACGCGAUGGGACUCUGUUGACCAGGGACGCCACCAUCUUCGACAAGCGGGCCUCUCGGUGCUACCAGUUCUGCGGGACGAUUGCGAACUGUCGUGGAAAUAAUGGAUGUCCUCACUGCUAUGCUGUUCGACAAGGAUGUUUGUGGCAGAAAUGGUGCCGCUAG